GCGCCUCCGGCGCCUCUUCGCGCCUGCGCCGCGGGCGGAAGGUCGUCCCUGUGACCGGCUAGGGUUUUGGAGCUGUUGUCGCCAUGUUGUCGGUCGCCGCUCGCUCGGGCUCGUUUGCGCCCGUCCUGUCGGCCACCCCGGAGUCUCCAGUGCUGGACGCGAAGCGGUCUUUCCUGUGCCGGGAGUCGCUGAGUGGCCAGGCCGCGGGCCGCCCAUUGGUCGCCUCUGUGGGCCUCAAUGUCCCUGCUUCUGUUCGUUUUUCCCAUACGGACAUCAGAGUGCCUGACUUCUCUGACUACCGUCGUGCUGAAGUGUUAGAUAGUACCAAGUCUUCUAAAGAGAGCAGUGAGGCUAGAAAAGGUUUCUCCUAUUUGAUAACUGCAACUACUACUGUGGGUGUUGCAUAUGCUGCCAAGAAUGUCGUCUCCCAGUUCGUUUCCAGCAUGAGUGCUUCUGCUGAUGUAUUGGCCAUGUCGAAAAUCGAAAUCAAGUUAUCCGAUAUUCCAGAGGGCAAGAACAUGGCUUUCAAAUGGAGAGGCAAACCCCUGUUUGUGCGCCAUAGAACCAAGAAGGAAAUUGACCAGGAGGCCGCAGUUGAAGUGUCCCAGUUGAGGGACCCACAGCAUGAUUUAGAACGAGUGAAGAAGCCUGAAUGGGUCAUCUUGAUAGGUGUUUGCACUCAUCUUGGUUGUGUACCCAUUGCAAAUGCAGGCGAUUUUGGUGGUUAUUACUGCCCUUGCCAUGGGUCACACUAUGAUGCAUCUGGCAGGAUCAGGAAGGGGCCUGCACCUCUCAACCUUGAAGUUCCCACAUAUGAGUUCACCGGUGAUGAUAUGGUGAUUGUUGGUUAGAGACCUGGACUCGAGUCAUUGGCUUCUCUCAGUCUUCAUGUCACCUCAGAAGAGUUAUUUGAGAACAAGCCUUCUGUACUUGUAGUUGAUUUGAAAUAUUUAAGAAUUGCCAAUAAUGUAUUUGCAAACAUGUGAAGUAAAUUGAGUUUAAUGUUCAAUACUUUCAAGCAUUCACCUAAUAAAGCCACUGUUGAACAUUGUUAUGCUCAGUCAGAGACUUUAAAGGUGCAAUGUCUUUGAUAGUUAAUUCUGAUUAAAAUUACAGACUGGUGUACAAGAUAUUUGUGAAAUCUGUAAUUGACUUUCUCAUUUAUUUCCUUUCUUUACGUCAGGAACGCAGAUUCUACAGAGCUCAUGGUUAGGAUGAGGUAGAAUUAGCUAGUCAUCUCCAAGACCUGGGAGAUGUUUUUGGCAUUGGCAGAAACAGUAGUAUCCAAGUUGCCUUUCUGUUCUUUUGCAUACCUGGCUGUGUGGGGGGGACACCCCCACCCCGCACGCAAACUGUAUGAUGAUGUUGGAAUGAUCUAUGGGAAAGAGUCCUGAAUGAGGUGUUAGCUGCUCUAAGAGUUCGUUCUCAGCUGUAGCUGAUUUCCUGCCUGUGUGGCAAGCCAGGAGAUUUUACUAGUCAAUGGGAAUAAGCUAGUAAUUAGAAUUCUUAGUUUUAAGAGGCAUUUGGUGUGGGAUAUUUCCCGAGGGAGGCUUUCCAAGAUGGAAGUGCCUCUCUGUUAUUUCCUUCCUCUGGUAUGGGUAUUCGUGCCCCCCCAAAGCUCCUGCAUCCACUCUGUCAAGAGGCAGAGGAUAGUGCACCUGAGACUUAAUACUGUCUUCCUGUGAAAAUGAUCCUGCUGGUUUCGUUUCUUUGAUGAUUACAUUUGAGGUGUUUCUUCCACUUAGAUUUGUAGUCACCACUUCUCACUGUGAAGUGAGAGUGGGUUUAGAGAGAGAUACCAGAAUUAACACCUUUCUGCCUCUUGCUUCCAGUUACACAGGUGAAAUAAGGUGAUAUUCUUCCUGGGACCUAGGAGUGGGCUCUGUGCUUUGUUGAGAAUCAAAGCUACCUUAAUCGGUUUGUCUUGCCCUAAAUGCUGUUUUAGGGGUGAGUUAAUAAUGUACUCCACUGGGUCCUCCUUGUGAGAGCACACAUGCAUUUGUAAAAUAGUAAACAAAGACUAAAUGCUUAGGUCUGCCAAAGGGAAAUGACCUUCCAGUCUUCCAUUCUUGAAAUCAGUAGCUAAGUAUAUCAAAAAAGAAAAUAACCAAAGUUUCUAGGCUUUUGAUACUAGUAGUUGGUUCGUUUUUACUAUUCUAUGAAGAAUGUUAGCAGGUAUGAUAAAUGGGACACCUAACAAUAGUAUGUUGUUCUGUCUCCAUAAAAUGACAUUUAGGUUCAAAUACUUAGGUAGAAAUCUGAGACAAAACAUGCCAAACGUGGCUAAUUUACUACUUUUUGAUCUGUGCUCCACUUUAAAUGGAGGACUUUCUGAUCUUUUGAGCAUAUAUAGAUUACCAAGGAAAAAUUAGUGUUGUUUAAUUUAAAAGUAGGGGAAUUGUUUCAUUGUGUAUGAGCAAUAUAUGUAUGUAGUAUUUGGUAUUAAUAUUGGGAGCAUCUUAACGUGAAGUUUUUUCCCCGUGAUUAUAUCAUGAAGCCAAGAGAAGUUGGACAUUUUGCUUGUUUAUCAUUGUGAUGAAGAUUCUGUUUUUCUAGUACUCAUGAAAAUCAUCUUACACUUUAAAAUCAUCUUAACACUUUUUUCUCUACUCAUGCUACUUGUUAAUGGUGCCAGUUGCCCACAACUUGAAUUGCUAUUAAGUAGCUGACAUUUUGAGGUUGAAUUCUAAGUGGCUACUUUCUUUUAAAAAUGGCACCAGGAGCUAUUCAUAACUUCUUCAGGAUACACUAAGGAACUUUGCUGGUAUAUAUUUUACAUUUGUAAAGUUAUUACUUAGUGGUAUGAUAAAAAUGCAACUUUUUGAAGGUGAAUUAAACGUGGAGUGGAGACCUUGAA